AUGGAUAUCAAAGAGAUUGUCAAUUCAAAGGGUGUGAAAGGAGCUGCAGCAGCGGCGGCAGCAUCAGCAUCAGCAAGUGGUCAGGCUCAUGAUUUGCAUUUAUUGCAAUCCAUAUCUCAAGCCAACAGCUUACGUAUAUCUGAUGCUGGUUCCGAACGAGGUACUUCUCCUCAUGGCUCUGAACAUUCUCAAUAUUCUACCCCGCGCAUGGGCAUGAAUGGCAUGAAUGGAGCACCAAAUGGCAUGCGUUAUCCUUCACCUCCUGGUAUGCAAAACUCGAUGCCAAUGAUGCAACAACCUUAUCGACCCGAUGUUACUUUCGAUAAUGGCAUGAUGCCCGCACCACAACAAGAUAACACUCGUCAACGACAACCUGGGGAUGUCACCGUUACAAAAGCUUUUCCCUGUAGCACCUGUGGCAAAGGAUUCGCUCGCCGAAGUGACCUUGCAAGACAUGAACGUAUUCACAGUGGAGUUCGACCUCAUGUCUGUGAUUAUCCGGGCUGUGGCAAACAGUUCAUUCAAAGAUCUGCUCUAACGGUCCACUUACGUGUUCACACUGGUGAAAAACCUCACACUUGCGAACGUUGUGCAAAGCCCUUUAGUGACUCCAGCUCUCUCGCUAGACAUAGGCGCAUCCAUUCCGGAAAGCGACCAUACAAGUGCCCAUAUGCGGAUUGUCAAAAGACUUUCACACGAAGAACCACUUUAACACGUCACCAAAACCACCAUACUGGAACUGUCGAAGAAGCUGCUGCUGCGACUGCUGCUGCUCUUGCGACUCGUCCUGGUAACAAUCGACCUAGCAGGCAACGUUCCGAUGGUGAGUCUUAUUCAAACAAUGGAUCUCCCAUGUCAACACCUUCACCUGGCCGACAUCUCUCUACUUCUCCAAGUUCCGACAUGGCACCGAUGAAUGCUAUGCAGCGCCACCCUGGUGACUAUGGAUACAUGAACAACAGCUCUUUACCCGGACAUCUUCGAGGUGAUUAUGGCGUACCAAAUCAGCCACCACCAGUUUCUACCGCCUUUACAAAUGGUGGCAUGCAACGACCUACAUCCCAUCCAACAGGCUAUGGCCCCCCGCCGAACAUUUUAGAGCCUCCUGCCAACAUGGAACAGCGACAACCAGGCAGUGCAAAUGGUAGUCCACACAUGACCAACAUGGGCUGGCAGUCACCCUCUCAAAUGGCAUCUCCAUCGCAUAACAACAACUACGUCUAUCCUGACCCGGAUCCAUAUGGCUCGGGUGCUGCGAUGGGCCAGAUGUAUUAUCCAAACUCAAAUAUGAGACGACCACAGAGCACGGAGCCAGAACAAUAUGAUAUGAAACCAAGAAUGAAUGAAAUGUGGGCUGCAGCUCAAUGA